GCAAUAUGUUAUAGCUAACCUCGAGUUUUUCUCCCGAUGAUACGUACAAUUUCAAGUGAUAAGUUGCUAAACAUACAGGGAAUAUGUUUUUAUUGCUGACAUUAUUUGUGAUCUAUCUCACAGGUGUAUGCGAUGGAGCAGCAUGCAUUCCUGUUGUUUGCGAGGACAACCCCGUCUUAGCCUGUGGGAAGGGACAACGAUUGGUUCACGGCCCCCAAGCCAAAAUUAUCACCUGUCAGUCAGACGAUGAAUGUCUCGUGAGCGUCAAUAUUGACAUCAUUGCAGGCCAUUUUCUCCACUGCUUAAGCAGUAGUUUAUGUAUCGUCGACUUUGACAGAAUCAAGCGUUAUAUACCCAAGAAUAUAACCGGAAUAAGGAUGCAAGGAGAUGCUUUGGAUGAUAAUACAAUCGGAAUAGGUUUAAGGAACUUAUCUUGUUCUUUAAGGCAUGUGAAUACCCUUAGACUAAAGCUGUUGAACUGUUCGUGUCUUCCAGACAAGGGGUUUUCGUUCUUCGACAUUUACAACAAACCAAAUAUUCGGAAUGUAAACAGCGAUUUUCUAUUGGGCUAUAAGCUUCAAUCCAAAACAACUGGAACUGACGACUUCAGAAUCUGCAGUGUAACGGCGUCAACCGGAAUAUUCUCCGAAGUAGCUGUCGUACAAUCUUUUGUUGGGAAGGAAGACGUAAAGAUAAAAAGCAAAGAGGUGGGCUGUGUCUGUCUAUCCCACAAUACAUUUUACACUUACAAGAAAAUCGGUAAUUCAACAACCGGAACUCUCACUUUAGAGAUACCUCCUAGAAAUGUGUUGCAAAAAAAUAAGGCUUUUCAAAUUCUUUUGUGGAUCAAGGUGACAAAAAGCACAAUAGUCUCUAUGAAAUGUAAAGGGAGAAAACGUGAAAGGCUUAAAGGGUCGUCAUGCACACCUUUAAUUGUUAAAUCUUUAACACUGACCACGCCUAUACCGGAGACAGACCCGGAGGAUUCUUUUGCAGGUUCUCCCAUCAACCCGAUUACACAAGCGGUCGAGAUUUCUGUUGUUGCUGGUGUUGUAUUAAUUGUAGUGGUUACCUGCAGUAUCGCCAGUGCUGUUGUUUACACGAGACGUUACAAACGGAAGUUGGGGGAACCUCAGUAUGACACACUAGGAAGUACGGUCUCAUCAUCGCAUUACACUAUCCCCAGUUUGUCUGGAGGGGGACACGAAACACUUCCACGACACACACAAACCACGACCUACACAAACAGCGCAUAUGGAGGAAACCAGAUUGACGAAUUGGGAAGGCCCCCCAUACUGACUCCAAUUCUACCAAGUCAAAUCAGGAAAUCGCCGGCGAUAGCGACCUUGUCUGAUAAUUCUGCUGGAUAUUCGCACGCAUUUGAUCACCUGCCUGGAAUCCAAGGUCACCAUCAAAGACCCAAUUUAAGUGACUCGGGCUCGUCCUCCAAACCAAACUACGUUUCAUUUUCAAAUAUUUAACAAUAAAUUUCAGAAUAUGCG